GUUCGAGCAGCGGCAGUACUGCUGCUGCUUCCAGGUCGUCUCGGCGGCAGCGGGAGGCUGGCGGAUCAGGUGCCUGAGAUGUGUGAAGACUACCGUGCAGACUCCAUGAACUCGCCGGCCUGGGAACGAUGAGCAAACGAAAGCUGAGUUUAAAGUGGUUCGGGAGCCUGGCCAACCUCUCCUCCCGCCGCUCAUCAGAAAAGACGGCCUCCGUCGCAAAGCAUGACGGGAAGUGCCGCCCCCUGGCGGCCGCCGAGCACACGGUGGACGACAUGGACGCGUGUGUGCACGGCUCCGGCUACGCCUGCUCCAGCGACAUGUACACGCACGUGGGCACCGUGCCGCGCCGCGACAGGCAGAGGAGCCGCAAGGGCUCCAGGGCGAAGGGUCACGCCGGGGAGGAGGUGAGCGGAGGACGCCAGGGUCAGCUGUGGGACAGCGCCGCGGACUCCGUCCUCCUGAACGCCCUGAUCAACGUCGACCAGGCGGGGCUGGACCGGCCCCUGCCUGCCCCCGCCCCUGUGAGGGACCUGCCGUUGCCCAGCCUUCCUCCGUCUCCUCCUUCUCCUCUCUCAGCAUCCACGAGCUGCUCUCCGGAGGGGCGGGAGGCCUCCGCGGGGGAGAGUCAGUAUGCCCCGUUGAGUUGUGAGGAUGCGUUACAGCCGGCCAGAGAAGCCAUGGAGGAGAGCCAACAGAAGCCCGGCUCGGCACUGCCGACCCAGGAGCUGUACGUGUUGAUGGAGCCCGUGGCGGAGGUGGGCCGCACCGCCAAGACGGGGGACUGGGCCGAGGCCACGGAGAGUUCACAGGAAGUGCGAACCGCUGAAGGUCAGCCAGAAUCGACGGACUAUGUGGACGGCAGCGGAGAAUAUGUGAAGUUUUCCAGAGGCAGGCUUUGUUUGGAAGCUCCGUCGGAGAAGCUCAGGAAGGAGCUGGAGGAGGAGCUCAAGCUGAACAGCAGUGACCUCAGGAGCCACGGCUGGUACCACGGCCCUAUACCCUGGGAGGUGUCAGAGAGCCUUGUGGUCAAUCAUGGUGACUUCCUCAUCAGGGACUCUCUGUCCAGGCAUGGACACUUUGUCCUCACCAGCUUCUGGAACCACUGCGUCCUCCACUUCCUCAUCAGCAAGACGCUGGUCCAGUCCAGCCAGACAUACACCUGCGUCUCUUUCACCCUGGAGGGUGAGGCCUUCAACUCGUUACCAGCCCUGGUCCACUACUACGUGGGGAACCAGGCGGCUCUGACCCGGCAGAGUGGGGCUCAGAUCCACAGCCCUGUAAACCGGACACUCCCUUUGAGGUACCUGGAGGCGGCUUUCCCUGCGGCUAUUGGAAGGGAUGGCAUCAUCCUCCCGCCCACCAGCCAGAGAGGCAUCCAGAAUGGAGAGGACAAAGUCUGUCCCUGGAGUCCUUCCACUCUCCACCAGAGGGGGGCAGAAUACAACCGCAGUCUGCAGCAUGACCGCCGGUCCUCAUCCAGCGGAGAAACUCCCCUCACUCCUCCAUCCACCACCAAUGACCUUCUGGGGCAGCUGUGCAAAAGCGGCAGCGAUAUUAUCAGCGAGGUCAUCGGGAAGCUUUCCCACCAAGGUUCCCAAGGUCAUGACAAUGAUGCCGUGUUCCCCGGAGCUUUGGAUGAAGUCCUCCAAAUCUUUGGUUGCCCUGCCCUGCUGGCAGGUGCCCUAGGCCUGUCGGAAAUCGCUAGGGCAGCGAUAAGCCCUAGCCUCGGUACCACGCUCACCAUUACAGUGUAUGGAGAGCAUGGAAUUUUUGUGUAUGAGCCUCUAGACAGCGGAUAUACAGAUGACGUUAUGGCUGUAUUCCAUGCAAACAGGUCAAAGCAGUUCCCCUCACAUCCCAGAAGCCCUUGUGGCAGCCAGGUGGCCAGUGUGGCUUCCUCACCCACAAACACGCUCCACAGACACCCAGAUGACACACCCCGCCCCCAUCCGCCGCCGAUCCCGGAGCGGCUCCGACCAGACGCAGAGGGAGGCGGCUACACAGAGCUCCGAACUGCUCCUUCAUCUGCAGGCUAUGUGGAGAGGCUGUGCUCCGAGGACGGAAAGGGAGUCGACCAGCUGAGAGUGGAGAAUGGGAGCGUGUACUGCUCCCCCGUGGUGGAGAACGUCUCUGCCUUCAGACCCAGCUGCUAUCGCUCUCCAUUGAUGCCGGCAGAGAACAAACCGCUGGAGGUUUGCAUCCUGAGGAGGGUGAAGGAGCUCCUGGCCGAGGUGGAGCCGAAAACAGCGGCGAAGCACAUCACCAAGGCUGACUGCAUGGUUGCCAGGAUCCUGGAGGUGGAGGUGGAGGUGCAGAGGAGGAUGGGGGUGAGCUCUGGAAUAGAACUGCUGACUCUUCCACAUGGUCACCAGCUCCGAUUGGACCUGAUGGAGAGGUUUCACACCAUGUCCAUCAUGCUAGCUGUGGACGUGUUGGGGUGCACAGGAACCACCGAGGAGCGCGCCGGCCUGUUGCACAAAAUCAUUCAGAUAGCCGCUGAGCUGAAGAGCAACCUGGGGAACAUGUUCGGAUUCGCGGCCAUCAUGAGAGCUUUGGAGCUGCCACAGGUGACCCGUUUAGAGCAGACGUGGAUGGCAUUACGUCAGCGGCACACAGAGGGCGCUAUUCUCUAUGAGAAAACUCUGAAGCCUUUUAUGAAGCGCUUGAAUGACGGGAGAGAAAGCUGUCCUCUAUCCAACACGUCCUUCCCCCACAUGGUUCCCCUCCUGACGCUGUUGGAAAAGAGCGUGGCCCUGGGGGACGGGGCGGAGCCUUGGGAGACGGUGGAGGCGGGCGUCGACGUGGUCAUGUGCCACCUAGCGGCGGCACGGACCAUGGCCCAGCUGGGCGGCAUCUAUCGCGCCAAUGCUGAAACCAAACUACAGGGUUUCGAGGAACGGGCUGAGGUUCUGGAGCUGUUUCUGACGGACUUCCAGAUGCGUCUGCUUUGGGGCAGUCGUGGAGCGGAGCAGGACCAGACUCAGCGCUACGCCAAGUUUGACCAGGUGUUGACCGCCUUGUCCAACAAGCUGGAGCCGCCCAGCCCGCCAUGAUGAUCCGUGGCAUUCAGCUCUACAUCUCUCUCUUCACCUUCACCAUCCAACAACCGCAAUUUACUGCUGCUGGACACUAAGCUAGAUGUCUGCGCAGGACUAAUUUUUAAAUUCCGGUCUUGCCCACUGUUUUCUAUUGAAAUCCACCCUGGACAAAUUAACAAAAAGGAGCUAGGACUAAAAAGGAGCUAAAAACAGCUAGAUGUAGCGAUUGUGGAUUUUGGUAAUCCAGGCAAAUGCAAAUACAGUCAUAGUUAGCGGUCAGCAAUAAGACGAACCGGUGUGUGGAUUAGAUAUGGACCGGGUUUACUGGAG